CCUUACUAAUUUCCAUUCCCACCCUUUCUUCCUCUUUGCCUUUGCAUUCAAAUCUAAGGGGACACAAAGAAAGAAAAUGAAGAGCACUUUGAGCUUUCUGCUUGUAUCUGUAUUCCUUUUGGUGUGUGUGGCAGUAAAUGGUGGAGAUCCUACUGAUGGCUUCACCCCUGUCCCUCUAACAGAUGCAAAUUUUGUGAUCCAAAAGCCAUAUAACAUUCCGUUAGACCAAAGAUAUAGCUUCAAAGACGGAGUUCGUCGGUUAUGGGUCUAUGCUAAUGACAAGCCUCACAGUCCUAGCAGCCAUACUAGGCCCCGGACAGAAAUUCGCAUCGAAGGAUAUGACUACCACUCAGGGGUAUGGCAAUUUGAAGGGUAUGGAUUUGUGCCAAGUGGAACAUCUGGGGCUACAAUAGCACAGAUCCGAGGAGCACCCAAGGGCAAGGGUGCGACCACAUUAAUGCUGAAAAUAGACCGUGGAAGUCUGUGGUACUAUAACGGAGUGCUGGUUGCUGAGAAUCUCUAUGAUAAGUGGUUCAGACUCAACAUGAUCCAUGAUGUUGAUGGUGGAACUGUGACUGUGUUCAUUAAUGGAGAGAAAAAGUUUCGUGGGAAGGAUAGAGGACGAGCCAGUGACUUUUACUUCAAAUGUGGGGUCUAUGCUUCUUCUGGUGAUCAAAGCUAUCACAUGGAAUCAAGGUGGAAAGACAUUAAGAUAUACAAAAAGUGA